UGUCCUGCUGUGGUGUCGAAGCUAUAGUCAGGGUAUGAGGUGGACUGUUCUACUAGCUUCUCUGCGGGGGUGGCCAGCUCUCUAAUGGGUUGUUCUACUGGCCUCUCUGCGGGGGUGGCCAGCUCUCUAAUGGGUUGUUCUACUGGCCUCUCUGCGGGGGUGGCCAGCUCUCUAAUGGGUUGUUCUACUGGCCUCUCUGCGGGGGUGGCCAGCUCUCUAAUGGGUUGUUCUACUGGCCUCUCUGCGGGGGUGGCCAGCUCUCUAAUGGGUUGUUCUACUGGCCUCUCUGCGGGGGUGGCCAGCUCUCUAAUGGGUUGUUCUCUGUCACACGUCAUUGUUCUCACCCUCUCCUCCAGCAGUCUGAUCCUCUCCUCCAGCAGUCUGAUCCUCUCCUCCAGCAGUCUGAUCCUCUCCUCCAGCAGUCUGAUCCUCUCCUCCAGCAGUCUGAUCCUCUCCUCCAGCAGUCUGAUCCUCUCCUCCAGCAGUCUGAUCCUCUCCUCCAGCAGUCUGAUCCUCUCCUCCAGCAGUCUGAUCCUCUCCUCCAGCAGUCUGAUCCUCUCCUCCAGCAGUCUGAUCCUCUCCUCUAGCAGUCUGAUCCUCUCCUCCAGCAGUCUGAUCCUCUCCUCCAGCAGUCUGAUCCUCUCCUCCAGCAGUCUGAUCCUCUCCUCCAGCAGUCUGAUCCUCUCCUCCAGCAGUCUGAUCCUCUCCUCCAGCAGUCUGAUCCUCUCCUCCAGCAGUCUGAUCCUCUCCUCUAGCAGUCUGAUCCUCUCCUCCAGCAGUCUGAUCCUCUCCUCCAGCAGUCUGAUCCUCUCCUCCAGCAGUCUGAUCCUCUCCUCCAGCAGUCUGAUCCUCUCCUCCAGCAGUCUGAUCCUCUCCUCCAGCAGUCUGAUCCUCUCCUCCAGCAGUCUGAUCCUCUCCUCCAGCAGUCUCAUCCUCUCCUCCAGCAGUCUGAUCCUCUCCUCCAGCAGUCUGAUCCUCUCCUCCAGCAGUCUGAUCCUCUCCUCCAGCAGUCUGAUCCUCUCCUCCAGCAGUCUGAUCCUCUCCUCCAGCAGUCUGAUCCUCUCCUCCAGCAGUCUCAUCCUCUCCUCCAGCAGUCUGAUCCUCUCCUCCAGCAGUCUGAUCCUCUCCUCCAGCAGUCUCAUCCUCUCCUCCAGCAGUCUGAUCCUCUCCUCCAGCAGUCUGAUCCUCUCCUCCAGCAGUCUGAUCCUCUCCUCCAGCAGUCUCAUUCUCUCCUCCAGCAGUCUGAUCCUCUCCUCCAGCAGUCUGAUCCUCUCCUCCAGCAGUCUGAUCCUCUCCUCCAGCAGUCUGAUCCUCUCCUCCAGCAGUCUCAUCCUCUCCUCCAGCAGUCUGAUCCUCUCCUCCAGCAGUCUGAUCCUCUCCUCCAGCAGUCUGAUCCUCUCCUCCAGCAGUCUGAUCCUCUCCUCCAGCAGUCUGAUCCUCUCCUCCAGCAGUCUGAUCCUCUCCUCCAGCAGUCUGAUCCUCUCCUCCAGCAGUCUGAUCCUCUCCUCCAGCAGUCUGAUCCUCUCCUCCAGCAGUCUGAUCCUCUCCUCCAGCAGUCUGAUCCUCUCCUCCAGCAGUCUGAUCCUCUCCUCCAGCAGUCUGAUCCUCUCCUCCAGCAGUCUGAUCCUCUCCUCCAGCAGUCUGAUCCUCUCCUCCAGCAGUCUGAUCCUCUCCUCCAGCAGUCUGAUCCUCUCCUCCAGCAGUCUCAUCCUCUCCUCCAGCAGUCUGAUCCUCUCCUCCAGCAGUCUGAUCCUCUCCUCCAGCAGUCUGAUCCUCUCCUCCAGCAGUCUGAUCCUCUCCUCCAGCAGUCUGAUCCUCUCCUCCAGCAGUCUGAUCCUCUCCUCCAGCAGUCUGAUCCUCUCCUCCAGCAGUCUGAUCCUCUCCUCCAGCAGUCUGAUCCUCUCCUCCAGCAGUCUGAUCCUCUCCUCCAGCAGUCUGAUCCUCUCCUCCAGCAGUCUGAUCCUCUCCUCCAGCAGUCUGAUCCUCUCCUCCAGCAGUCUGAUCCUCUCCUCCAGCAGUCUCAUCCUCUCCUCUAGUGCUCUGUAAUUCUCCUGUUGAAGUUGUCUCACCACAGUCCAGAGUGCAGAUAUCUCUCUCCACCUCCAGCUUGAAGGGGUGUUGUUGUUGAUGGAGUUUCUCUCUCUCUCUCCAGGACAGGUUAUAUUUUGUGAUGGAGUUUCUCUCUCUCUCUCUCUCCAGGACAGGUUAUAUUUUGUGAUGGAGUUUCUCUCUCUCUCUCUCUCCAGGACAGGUUAUAUUUUGUGAUGGAGUUUCUCUCUCUCUCUCUCUCCAGGACAGGUUAUAUUUUGUGAUGGAGUUUCUCUCUCUCUCUCUCUCCAGGACAGGUUAUAUUUUGUGAUGGAGUUUCUCUCUCUCUCUCCAGGACAGGCUAUAUUUUGUGAUGGAGUUUCUCUCUCUCUCUCUCUCUCUCCAGGACAGGCUAUAUUUUGUGAUGGAGUUUCUCUCUCUCU